UUCUAGCUCUGUUAAAUUUCUUACACUCCAUAGUUUCUUCCUCUUUGAACAUCUUCUGAGUUCUGUUGGAGUGCUGCAAUGGCUGGUGGGCAGUUGAAACCCCUUGCAACUGGACUCUUGUUGCUCAACUUCUGCAUGUACGUAAUCGUGGCAGCAAUAGGAGGAUGGGCCAUCAACCAUGCAAUUGAUCACGGCUUCAUCAUAGGCCCUGAACUUCGGCUUCCAGCUCACUUUUCUCCUAUUUACUUCUCAAUGGGAAAUGCUGCCACUGGAUUCUCUGUGUUGUUUGCUGUGGUUGCUGGUGUUGUUGGUUCUGCAUCGGCAAUGGCUGGAUACCGCCAUAUUCAACUAUGGGAUGCUGACAGCUUACCGUCUGCAUCAUCAGUUGCCAUUGUUGCUUGGACUCUUACUCUCCUGGCCAUGGGUCUGGCCUUCAAAGAGAUGGAGAGAGGCUUAAGGAAUUCGAGACUGAAAACAAUGGAAGCAUUCUUAAUUAUUCUUUCAGCUACACAAUUUGUAUACAUCCUCGCCAUUAACAGAGCCUCAACUAUCUCAAGAAGGACAUGGUGAACUUGAGGGUUGAUCUGCACUGGAUGGAGCCUGUGGCGUGUGUAUUUGUUGGAUUUUCUUUUUCUUAAUUUCCUCACUUGAUACAUGAUUACAGGAUUGCAAUCGCCAAGUUCUUGGAAGAUGGUGUGGUGUGACUGGGUUUGUUGUGAGUGGAUUAUUUGUACACUAAGGAUUUCACUAUCAGAUUGAAUUUCUUGUAAAUGUCCAUAGCAUUUAUUUUCAAAUUUUCCAAUGAAAAAAAUAUUAUUCUUUACUUGUUCUAUAGCAUUUUCUGUUUUGGCUCAGUUUGUUUGCAGUGAAAUUUUCAUU